AUGCUGUUGUUAUCUUUUGUUGUCCUCGGUGGCGACGAUGUGGUUCUGGGAAGGGCUGGCGGCGGUGUGGGUGGACUGAUAGGGACUCUGGCGGGAGAGAAUUUAGCAGUGUCGCGCCGACGGCGACGUGGUUCUGGAAGGGCUGACGGUGGUGGGGGUGGACUGACAGAGACUCCGUCGGGCGGGGAUUUUGUGGUGAGGAUUGCGAGUUGUGAUCGGCGGCUGCUGAUUGUUGCCGUCGUGGAUGGUGUUGUGCUGUCAAGGCUGGCGGCGGGAGAAGGCGGCUUGACGGUGGUUCCAGCAAUUGAAGAUCGAUUAUUUAUGAUUAUUCAGUUUGACGGUGUUAUGACGGUGGAUUGA